UUGACGUUCAAAUUAAUGCGUGGUGCGGAUACUGAAGAAAAUCCUUUGUACUUAACGAUAGAAAGGAAUAUCGACUUUCAACACUAAACUGGUUAGCAAAGAGCUGUCUUCAGUCAAUACUGAAUGCUGAAAUGAUCUUUUGACAAGCUGAAAGAUGAAUGCGACAAAUUUAAAUAAGAGUCUUGUUGUGACAGACAGCGGAGGGUCGGAUAUGUUCUUCAUGUACACCAUGGUGGUCAUGAUAUUCAUUGGUUUGGUUGGACACUUAGUUGCAUUGUUAAUCUUCUCCAAGCCUCUAUUCAAACGGCGACCAGUGACAGUAUAUCACGUCAAUWUGAGCACUGCAGCUUUACUACUGUCGGUUGUCGGAAGCACGCUCUCUCUAGUGAACGUUUCAAAAAGGAACGAASUCGAGAGGUCMAAAUUCGUCACUAUGUGUAGACUUUCCGUGGGACUGGAAGUUUCGGGGAUGACAGUUUACGCCCUCACAUCAGUCAUGAUGUUGGGACAUUCCUACUUUAUGACUGCUUAUCAUGUUACGUCAUCUUCGUUCUACGUACCGCGACGAAUCACGUUCACUGCMGCGGGAGUGUUUUUCUCAUGGAUUUGUGGCCUUCUUCUGGGAAUUCCUCCAUCAUGGUCGAUGGAAGACUUCGUAGUUUUCGAGGACCGAGUAAUAUGUCAGCUGUCAUGGUUGGGAAAAGGGAGCGCAAAAAUUUAUUGGAUUCUGCUUGUUAUUUUAUGGAUCUGUGCGCUGUUUUUGAGCCUGGCAACACAUGCCUUCACACGCAGGCUCAUCUCAGGCCCUUCUCCACACACGUCCAACGCGUCCGUGCUUCACGGCCAAAUUAGAUCCAACAAGCUUAACAACACACUCGUYUUCUCCUUGUUCAUUUUCAUUCUUCCACAUCUCUUAUUUGGCUUCUUUACAACGAUUGUUGGACACCAUUUUCUCCCUACAUUCUUAACGCUGGUAUUGGAGAUGACGUCGAAAAGUUACGUCAUCCAAGGYCCGUUUAUAUUUCUCGCAAAGUCAAGGACGUACCGAGCGAUCCUGGGUAACAUUCUCUCAAAUGGACCAUUCGUACAAGUCGGGCCAGCUUCAAACUUAUCUAACGGCAGCAGGACAACGCAGAGAAACAAUCGUCGUGCAGGGGCUUAUCCCAAUGGGACUAACAGAAGCCACAUAAGAAGACCUACCUAUGUGACACCUAUUGGAACGGGGGAAGGAACAAGUGCGAAUUCUAGCGGUACAGUACCUACGAACUAAAGCUGCGUCUUAUGCUGUKUUGCAUAUCCGUUAAGAAAAGACUUGCUACAUCUGCGUCAUAUUUGCGUCUUGUUCAAGUAAACACCGAUAUCGAACAAAGACUUUGAAAAUUGUAAAUAAUCGUUUGUUGAAUGAUAUUAAGAAUACUGUCAAGCUGUAAGACGCAAAAAUCAGAGGCGGAGGUACCUGACUGGGCUCARUACUGCAAUAAGCUCCCCAUUAACGAAGAAAAGAGAGAGAAUACUGUCAAGCUUCAAGACGUAGCACAAAUCGCAAUAUUUUGUCAGAGAGCAGCUCAGUGAAGCGCCUAAUGCGUGGUACGAGUGAUAAAGGGAAAGGAAAAUUAAAAG